CCUCUUAGGGGGAAGUCAGGCAGGCAGGCAGGCAGGCAGUCGUUAGGCAGGUCGGCCGCCCGCCCGGCAGCCAGUCAGCCAGCCAGCCAGUCAGCCAGCCAGUCAGGCAGUCAGGCAGUCAGGUGCGCGCCCGCCCGCCCGCCCGCCCGCCGCCACAGGCAAGAUGGCCGAUGUGGAGGACCAGCUGUCGGACGACGAGAAGGUACGCAUAGCAGCAAAAUUCAUCAUUCAUGCCCCUCCUGGAGAAUUUAAUGAGGUGUUUAAUGAUGUCCGAUUACUGCUUAAUAAUGAUAAUCUUCUCAGGGAAGGAGCAGCCCAUGCCUUUGCACAGUAUAACGUGGACCAGUUUACACCAGUAAAAGUUGAAGGCUAUGAUGAACAGGUAUUAAUAACCGAGCAUGGUGACUUGGGAAAUGGAAAAUUUUGGGAUCCCAAAAACCGGGUCUCCUUCAAAUUUGAUCACUUAAGAAAGGAAGCCACUGAUCCGAGACCCCAGGAACCAGAAAAUGCAGUAGAAUCAUGGAGACACUCGGUUGAAACUGCUAUGCGAGCUUACGUGAAAGAGCAUUAUCCCAAUGGCGUCUGCACUGUGUACGGUAAAACGAUUGACGGACAGCAAACCAUUAUUGCCUGCAUAGAAAGCCAUCAGUUUCAAGCAAAAAACUUUUGGAAUGGCCGUUGGCGGUCAGAAUGGAAGUUUACAAUCACUCCUUCAACCACUCAGGUGGUGGGAAUCUUGAAAAUACAGGUUCACUAUUAUGAAGAUGGUAAUGUUCAACUAGUGAGCCAUAAAGAUAUCCAGGAUUCUCUAACUGUGUCUAAUGAAGUUCAAACAGCAAAAGAAUUUAUAAAGAUUGUAGAAGCUGCAGAAAAUGAGUACCAGACUGCCAUCAAUGAGAAUUACCAAACCAUGUCAGACACUACCUUCAAGGCCUUACGUCGACAGCUGCCAGUCACGCGCACUAAGAUUGACUGGAAUAAGAUCCUCAGCUACAAGAUUGGGAAGGAAAUGCAAAAUGCUUAAUAUGAACAUUGCAUGACUGGAUCGUUUUAGUGUCCUUGUGUACCAAUCCAGAUUAUUACAAAAAGUAUUCGGGAUCGGGGAGCCUCCUAGCCGAGAGUGGUCUUUUGCCUUGGAAAAAUCAUUGUAAUGGAGUAGUUUGGUUAGAGCACGGAGCUUAGCUAAUGACCCUUUUUCUUUUUCAAUUUCUUGGUUCCUUGGGUUCAGAGAGGGUUGCAAAUCAAUUUAGUUGAAAAUCUCUUAGUUUCCACUGCACCUCCCCCCCCCCCCUUAAAUUACAGAGAUUUGGGGUAAAGAUUAUGGGUUGGAAAACGAUUUCGUCGUACUGUAACCCUGUAAAUGAAGUAUGUUGCGUUACUGAAGAAGGCAACUACUGAAAUUUGCUGGAUCUUCAAAGGGAUCAUUGAUGGACUUUUGGAGUUUCAGGUGAUUAAUGCUGCUGAAGAAAUUGUCUGGCUCCCACCAUACCUCCUCCAUGCCGUAAGAUCAGUUUGGAGGGAAAGCGUUCUCUCUAUGAAUUUGAUUUAUACCUUUCUGACUAGUUAUUUAGCUAGCUUAGUGUUUAACUGAACUGUUUUUUAAACAAGGCCAUGGUCUAAUGCUGUUUUAAGAUUUUGAAAUUAAAUGAAAACACUUAUUUCAAAAUGCAUUUAAUGCUUGGUUUCAGUGACAGUUACUCAAAUGAGCUCAGUUUCCAUCUGCCCUUGAGACAUUUUUUAUCAUGCAGCCACAAGUGUAUUAUAACAAGGCAAAUUGUAAUAUAUAAUCCUGUACUCAUGACUGUGUCUCAGUUUAUUUUUUUCCCUUGGAUUGAAAUGUACUAAAAUUCAAUGUGACAUUAAAAUGCAAAUUUUCUAUUUAUUGGAGUAGAGCCUCACUUCCCGAUGAGUAAUGGACUGUUGAAAAUACUGUCUCUGGAUUUUGUGGCUCGCCGCUGCUUGUAAAUCAGAAAAACUGGAAGUGCUUAUGAUAUGCUGGAGCCUUUAAUGUUUUGCUCUUCCUUUGGAUAUACAAUGUGCAUGUUCUAAUACUAGAAAUCGUAGGUGCCUGUUGGUUUUUGCAGCUGGCAGUGGAAUGAGUUUCUAGUUUGACUUAUUGGCCUAGCAGUCCAUCAGUUCCUCCCCUUCAUUGGGAUCCUUCCUCAGAUUUCUUAGGGCUGGAAAAUCUUUUUUUUUAAGAAACCGUGAAGAAUAUGUACGUGAAAGUCUUCCUUUGCCUUGAAAUGUCCAGAUUGUGUUAAAUUCUAAGACCUCUAUUUCUUCAACCCUGUGUUUUUUGUUUUAUUUCAGAAGUCUUGAAAAUCUGUUUUGAAA